ACCCAAAUCCACCGAAUUACUGCACUCCCGCUCAAAAUUUUCCCGUAAUUUGGGCAAAUCUUCUCCAACAGGUACUUCGAUCGGUCCCUCUGCUUUUCGCUUCGUUUUUUCCGGAUCAUUGGGAGAUUUCUAGUGCUAGUACGGUACCUGCCACAUCAAAGUCAUUUGAACGUUAAUCAUUAUGAAGUUCUUAGAAUACACUCCUCUGGAUCGAUUAAAUGAUUUUUUAACUCAUUUAAAUCUUGGAGAGCGAACCAUUGAAGGAUGCCUUGAAGCUUACUCCUGCAAACACACCGGAACGGAUAAGAAACUGUCUCUCAGCUUGGAGAAUGAGAUCCUUGAUUAUCUGGGGAAAUCUUCAGACAUGGACUCUUCCUCACCAGCUGAUUUAUUGUUGAGCAGAACGAGCCGGAAGACAGUGAUCUACCUGGUGCUUACCCUCAGUCACAUGUAUCCGGAUUAUGACUUCAGUGCGGUGAAAGCUCACCAGUUCUUCACAGAGGAAAGCUGGGACAGUUUUAAGCAAAUUGUUGAUACCUACAUGUUUGAAGCCUCAAAGGAAUGGAUUGAGACUAAUGGAGGCACUUCUCUGCUGGAGGCCUUGUACAAGGCUUUAGACGAGGUUGUAAAACUAGCAGAAUGUGAAAUUUACAGUUACAAUCCAGACUCUGAUGCUGAUCCGUUUCUAGAGAGAGGAGCCGUAUGGUCUUUCAGUUUCUUCUUCUAUAACAGAAAAUUAAAACGCAUUGUCAGUUUUCGUCUUUGCUGUUUAAGUAACUUGGUGGCAGAUGAAUUUCUUACGGUUGAUUUACCUUAUGAGGAAGAUGGGGAGAUUUUUGAUGACAUGGACAUGUGAGUACGAUGUGCUGUGAAUAUGAUUUCUAUAUGUCAAUGGGUCUUGACAUAUCUGUUGUUGUGUAAUUACAAGGGCUGAACUCUUGAGGCUUGGUUGGUAAGAGAAUUAGAUUUUCUUAUUUCCUGUAUGUAAAUUGUAGCUAGCGUCAUGUAGUUAGGAACAGCGCUGUCUGUAUGAAUGCAUGUUGAUUAUAAUCGAGGCUUGUAAGCCAAUAUGGGACGACUCAAAUUCUGUUGACA